GAACUGUUCUUGACUCUGCAAUGACAUCCAGCCAGAUGUACAUGUAAACAACGCUUCAACGCAUCCACAGAUAGACAGAUACCAAGUGAAAGAAGGGUCCUUCCAUUAACAGUAACUUAUCGAAGCCAACUCUCUCUAGACUUCAGCGUUUUGGAUAGUAAGUUUUGAUCAAAGUACAAAGCUACCGAAAAUGUCAGAAGAUAAAAAUGCAUUGGGCUACGCCAAGCUCGCUCCCAAGACGCCAGUUCCUUCGGAUAUUGAAGUGAGCCAACAAAUCGUAAAGGAAGUGGGGCUUCUUCCCGUUGCAGACGUUGCCAAGCAGGUUGGUCUGAAAGAUGACGAAGUGAUUCCCUGGGGAAUUGCCAAGGCCAAGAUUCCUCUCAAAGCACGAGAUAGUCGUAAAGACUUGCCCGAUGGAAACUAUGUGGUUGUUACUGGAAUCAAUCCCACCCCUCUGGGAGAAGGAAAAUCGACUACGACCAUUGGAUUGGCGCAGGCUUUGGGUGCUGUGCUGGGCAAGCCUACUAUUGCUUGUAUUCGUCAGCCUUCUCAAGGACCCACCUUUGGAAUCAAGGGAGGUGCUGCUGGAGGAGGUUAUGCCCAAGUCGUUCCCAUGGAAGAAUUCAAUUUGCAUUUGACGGGAGAUAUUCAUGCCGUGACAGCUGCCAACAAUUUAUUGGCUGCCGCCAUUGAUACCAGAAUGUUCCAUGAAUGCAGUCAAUCCGACGAAGCAUUGUACAAACGUCUAUGUCCGGAAGGGAAGGGGUUUAGCCCUGUCAUGAAGCGAAGGUUGAAAAAGCUCGGAAUUGACGCCACAAAGAAACCAGCAGAUUUGACUGCUGAGGAGCGUAGUGCAUUUGCUCGCCUUGACAUUGAUCCGGAUACCAUCACAUGGCAGCGUGUUUUGGACACUUGCGAUAGGCACUUGCGGGAAGUGCAAGUGGGCAUUGGUGCCAAGGAAACUGUAAAAGCCAAAGGCGGUGAUGGGCGUAUUCAGCACUGCCGAAAGUCUGGAUUUGACAUCACAGUUGCUUCGGAAGUGAUGGCGGUCCUGGCAUUGGCCAGAGAUUUGGCAGAUCUACGAGAAAAGCUUGGAGCAAUGGUGAUAGGAUACUCGCGUGCUGGAAAGCCCAUUACAGCCGAUGAUUUGGGAUGUGGCGGUGCAUUGGCCGUCUUGAUGAAGGACGCCAUCAUGCCGACUCUAAUGCAGACCGUCGAACGCACACCUGUUUUGGUUCAUGCGGGUCCAUUUGCCAAUAUUGCAACUGGCAACUCUAGUGUCGUAGCUGAUGAAAUUGCCCUCAAGUUGGUCGGCCAGGACGGCUUUUGCGUCACUGAAGCUGGAUUUGGAGCUGACAUUGGAAUGGAAAAGUUCUUCAACAUCAAGUGCAGAUACUCGGGAUUGAAACCAAAGUGUGCUGUGAUCGUCGCCACCGUGCGUGCAUUGAAGAUGCAUGGAGGAGGCCCACCAGUCAGUGCCGGAAAGCCGCUCAGCAAGGAAUACACCGAGGAAAACGUGGAACUUGUCACCAAGGGCGCAGCCAACCUUGUGAAGCACAUUGAGAACGCAAAGAAGUUUGGCGUCAAUGUAGUCGUCGCUGUCAAUCAGUUCAAGAAUGACACACCCGCCGAAAUCGAGGCAGUGAAAAAGGCGUCGAUGGACGCAGGAGCGUACGAUGCGGUGCUUUCCAAUCACUGGGCCAAAGGAGGCGAAGGAGCUGCUGACUUGGCUGCCGCAGUUGUAAAGGCGUGCAACGACAACGAUGCUGCAAACUUCAAGUUCUUGUAUGAUGUCAACAAAACGAUUAAGGAGAAGAUUGAAAUCAUUAGCAAGGAAAUCUACGGUGCUGACGGCGUGGAAUUCGCCGACUUGGCAAACAAACAAAUCGAACAGUAUGAAAAGUCAGGCUUUGGAAACUUGCCAAUAUGCAUUGCGAAGACCCAAUAUUCCUUCAGUUGUGAUGCAUCGGCCAAGGGAGUGCCAACUGGAUUCAACAUUACCGUUCGUGAAAUCAGAAGUUGUGCAGGUGCUGGCUUCCUUUACCCAAUUUGUGGAGAGAUUAUGACGGUACCCGGUUUGCCAACAAGACCUGGAUUCUAUGAUGUGGAUGUUGACUUGGAGACAGGGGACGUCAUUGGGCUCUUUUAAGGUGGUGGCCACACGCCUGAUUACGCAUCAUUGAGAGGCCCAUGUUGGAACCGUACCGGUA